AUGCGUCUCUACAUCUCGUUUCUUCUUGGUGUGCUGGUUGCCCUACAGCUGUGGGACACGAUCAAUGGAAGAAGACUUCCCGUUAGAAACCAUGAUUUCUCUCACUACAUCGUUGGUGGGACAGUGGUGGGGGCGGGAGCGAGGCCGUACCAGGUGGGACUUAUUAGGAGUGGAGAGAUGGGUGAACCAUUCUGUGGAGGUUCGCUGAUCGCCGCGGACUGGGUUUCAUCCAUCGUUGUGCACGAAGACUAUAGGUCUGCAAACGACAUUGCGCUCGUUAAGUUGGCUGAGCCAGCGGUGCUUGGACCCAAUGUGGGCCUUGUACAACUGGCUGCACUGGACAAAACCAACGUGGACGCACUGAUGGGCGAAACCUGUGUGGUCAGCGGAUGGGGAACAACAUCCUACGGAGGUCGACAGUCAGACGUCCUGUUGGAAGCGGAUGUUAUAGGCAUCAGCCAAGCAACCUGCAACGCACAGUACGAAUACGACGGUGGUAUCGAUGCAGGAAUGGUGUGUGCAGCCGCUCCCGGGAAGGAUUCGUGCCAGGGUGACUCUGGUGGACCGAUGGUCGUCGUAAAUGACGUCGGCGUCCCAAUUCUGGAGGGCGUGGUGUCGUUCGGACGAGGUUGUGCGUAUCCGAACUACGCGGGAGUGUACACCAGAGUGUCUUUCUACCGAGACUGGGUGGAUAGCAAAAUAGGAUCGAGCCCAUGAAUAAAUAAACUACCAGAUGGCCUCUGCAAUCGCCAGCAACAUCACUACGACUACUGCUGCGACAACGACUACGACUACCCCACAGGCUUCAUAACUAUUGAGAAGCGAUAUAACAAUUACCAUUUGUAAUCAAGGAUAGUUUGGGACCCCGCAAAUUCGUUUUCGCAUAUGUGCUAAACUAAUCCGGGGUGCUAAACUAGGCUUGGGCCGCCAUUCGCAUGAUCCGAGCAUUCCUGUGACAUUUGCAUGGUGUUGAAAGAUGAGCUAGUAUGGUGUCGGUUAAUAUCAGCAUUUAGCAACUUGUUUCCUUGUAACGAUUGUUACCUCUCCGUAUACUACGUCCAUGUCUUUCCUAUCGGCUAUCAUAAGAUGUCAUAAGAUGUCAUAAGAUAAGCCUUGCUUCUGAGAAAACUCGAAAAAUUUGACGAGGGUCAUUUAAUUACCGAGGGCAUAGACUACGGCCUGUUCAGAUUUUUGACAAAAAAUAUUUUUCAAAAACGUAAUGUCGAGAGAAAUUAAAGCUAGUUGUAUUCAGCUAAAGGUAGUUUAUUCACCGAUUUUCUUUAGAUGCAUCACUUGUAUAACGUAAUAGUUGCUUUUUCACCUAUUAAUGUAAUACUGAAACAAUAUGGCAGUAGCAAAUAUUCGUGUUUCUAGGGGUAGUUAAUAAUUUAUGUUUAUCGUAAAACUAGCAUCUCUAUAGUUGAUUAAUAUUAAGAUGGUAUAGGUAUAACACAUCGUAUAAUGAACAACGGCGUUGCAAUAAAAUAUAUAGUUCGCAUA